AUGACUCUUUUCCAAACCCUCUUCCGAUCACGCAAGUCAGAGACAGAUCGGCCUCGUCUUCCUUGGCCUCGGAUCCGCCGCUCGCAGUCUGCUGCGGUUGUGCUGGAGGGGCAUCUCCAUCACUCGCCAGGUGAUGAGGAUAUCCUCCACGCAGCUCAGCUUACUGGCGAGCCCGAGGUCCAGCACCAGGACCUGCAAGUGAGCGGCCAAACGGUGCAAUCUCAAGAAUCAGCUCACAGCAACAUCACCGUUUGCCGACGCCCCUCUCAGCGAAUCUCGCUGCACUUGCAAGAGCUGAGUGAGGACUGGUCUGUGGAUACCAGCAAUGCCUUUGAGGAGUAUGCCCGGGAGGGCAUCCACAUCCCUGAGGUAUCGGAUCCAUUUUCAGAUGGAAAGAUCGCAAGUUCUUCUCGUCUGGACCGCCUUUCCUCCUCUCGCUACAGCGAGGAUCCACUGCCGGUGAUCUCGGAGUCAGGGAGACGCAGUUACACCGAAGACUCGUCUCACCUGGCGUCCGGAAGAUCGUACGGCGAGUACAGCCAACGCUAUGCUCGUCGUCAUGACGUUCCCCACUCGGUCUCUGUUCAGGAAAAGAUCAGUUCUCUCAGCGGCCAGUCAAAUUGCAUCACUGGCUUGGGUCUUCUUGACCCAGUCAAAGCCAGAGAGGCAUUCAAUGUGGUGGCAAGGCAGUUCAACCUUCCACUGGGCAUCUUAGCCGAUGAAUCGGAAACCGCCGAUGUCGUCCAAGAGGAACCGACCCUCGAGGUUGGAGGCUCAUCGCGUCGGCACCGAUUCUCCGGACUACUUCGCCCUGUGAAGUCGAGCUUGGCCUUGGUAAAAGCUCCCUCUGUUGCGCCGUCGCGUGUUCCCAGACUGCGGCGGACAAAGACCUUUGUGGACCUCCUGCGCCGUCCUGAGCCGAUGACAUCUCUUCAUGGGAUGUCGGCCGACAAGCUCGCUCGCCUAGGAGGAGCCAGCUUCAUCACAUUGCCGUUUGAUUUGGCGCCAGCUCCAUUGCACCUACCAGCAUGCAUCGUGGCCUCAAUCAUGUUCUUGCGCAAAUAUGGCGACCAUACUCGCGCUGGAGAUCUGUUCGUUGAUCCCGGUGACCUCAAGGAAGCCAUUCGCCUGUACGACUCCUUUGCCAGCCAAGUCCUGUCCGCCACAAAGGAUGAGCACCGAAUCUCAUCGGCCCUCCGCGUGAUUACCAUGCCCAUCUGCCAAGACGGCGAGACGACUCCAGUGCUCACUGUCGCCUGGACCUUCAAGGCAUUGUUGGCUGGCCUGCCCGAGGGAAUCCUUGGAUCUACCGUGCUGUACGAAACGUUGAAGAAGAUCUAUCUUCUUGAAGACGUCGUUGGUUCCGAUAUCCCACGGGCGACCCGUACUCGGCUCAUCUCCCUCGCCAUCGUGGCAUUGACCAGUGAAAUGCAAUGCUCCCUCCUUUGUGCCGUCGUCGGGCUUCUUCGUGACUUGCUUCGAACCCGCAGCAUCGAGUCCGAUAACACCGGGAAGCCACUCCGGGUGGUGGCAAUCGCCGGACUGACGCAGGUGUUUGGACCUCUGUUGAGUGGAACUGGUACAGGGGCUACUGCUGGGUCGUGGCGGGAUCAUGAAGACUCGCAGGCUCAAGGGGCUGCCCAAGUGCUGCAGAAGAUUGAGGAAGAACUUGUGACGGGAAUGUUACUUGAGUACUGGUCGGAUAUCAACGUUCAGCUGCGGGCGUGGACCAGAUCUUCUUCGGCAGAGGAUUACAUUCGGGGGUGA